UGCAUGUAAAAAAUUUUCAAGUUACCGUAUUUGAAAAAUUCGUGAAAUAUAAUAUGUUCCAACUGGAAAUUUGUGAUGUUUUGUUACAGGAAAUAAUCGUAGGCAUUCUACACAACAUGUGCUGUGUGGAGGAAGUGAGAAAAGAGCUGUGUGAAAUGCCUGAGACCACUUCUUGCCUCAUGGAUACUCUGUCUUCCAAUGACUCUCUCACUCUCGUUCAAGCGGUCCGCCUCUGAACACAGUAGCCUGGGACGUGGUUCACCAAGUGGAGGAGCGUGAUCCGUCCCCCCAUUGGCUGGCGAGAGCCGUGGAUGACCUUCAACUGUCCUCAAGGCUCGCCUACAUUCUGCUGUCCUCGACUCGACCUGAACUACUCUGCUGCACCCUCGAUCUCAUGAAUACGCUCUGUGUGCAUGCGCCUUCCUUCAGCGACAAGGACUUCAGUCGCUAUUUUGCCAAUGAGGACAUAGCGUUCGGUCUGCUGGCCGCUUGGAGGCAGUUGUUCAGGGGCGGUAGCGGAGGCGGAUUGGAGGCGGUACACGCGGAUGUGCCAGCCAAGGCGUUGCGGAAGGCGGCCGAUCAGUGGGCGGCCAUUUUGAGCGCCUUUUCCGGACACGAGAUCGCAAAAGUGUGCUGUGUUUGAACGCUGAGAAAAUCACUUCAAUUCUGAAUACAAUGCUGCAUCUAUCAGACGACAAUGAAGAUAUGCUGAGAGAUACCGUAGCAGUGCUAGAAGCUAUCAUUCCUAAUGGCUCUGAUAUUCCUACAAUUCUGCCCAAAUUAUUGAGGAUAUUAUACGAAUUGGAUAGAAAACCAAAGA